CCCACACAAUUUCCACCAUUUCAUUCCGUCUCCAAUUAUCUCUUCCCCAGUUCCCCUCCGACUUCUUCCUCUCCAUCUGCUGCGACGGAAAGAACAUCAAAGAUACUAAAUCAGAAUAGACACAAUCUAUAGCAUGCAGUUAGAUAUGGAGUAUCUAAACAAUAAUCAGAAAAGAGAAAAGAGAGAAAAGAUGGAUCUGCACAAGUCCUAAGAUAGCCUUUUAAGUUUCAAAGGACUCAUCCUCCCAGAUACCAUCCUGGGCAGUAUAGCUACUGGUGAAUAUAACAGCAUUCCCACAUUCUGUAGAUUAAUGAUAAAAAAAAAAAAGAAGCUUACCUGUUCGUGGAAGACUACCUCUUUGCUCUUAAUUUCAGAAGAGCCUUUCCGUGGAAGGAACCUCUUUGCUCUUGAAGGUAUAAAUUAUUGGCGAGGUUUAGCCAUCUGUAGUAUUGAAUGGCUAAAACACCCCAAUCUUUUUUCACCAACAUAUUACUUCGUCAAAACCCUAGCCCCAACCCCACAAUCCUGAAUCGCAGUCUAAGCAUUUUAGGAACUAAUGCGGGUAGCCAAGGGUCUGUCUCAUUGAAUUCGGAUCAUGUUAGUGAUAGUAAGCAGCAUCGUUUUAGUGAGAUAUCAAAAGAUGUUUUGAGAAUAAUACGUACACGGCCGAGAUGGGAGCAGACUUUGUUAUCCGAGUUCCCGAGUGUGAACUUUGCUGAUCCUAAUUUGUACUGUGAGGUUCUGAAGCGACAAAAGAAUGUGAUGGUGGCACUUCGGUUUUAUCGUUGGGUUAGUUCUCAGAAUGGGUUCUUGCCUGACCCGGUUUCCUCUGAUGUGGUUUUUAAUGGGCUUGUGAAAGCCAAGGCUGGAAGCCUGGCAAAAAGUUUUCUUGAGAGCACAAAGUAUGCUCCAGAGCCUAGUAGUUUGGAGGGGUAUAUUGAGUGUCUUUGUGAUAAUGGGUUGAUUGAGGAAGCCCUAAUGGUUUUUGAUGAAUUGAAGGGAGUUGGUCACUGUCCAUCACUGAAUGCUUGGAAUUCAGCCCUAUCUGGUUCGGUAAAAGUCGGAAAAACUGAUGCUGUUUGGAAACUGUAUGAGGAUAUGAUGGGUUGUGGAGUUGCAGGCGACGUGGAUACAAUUGGGUAUUUAAUCUACGCAUUUUGUUUGGAUAGGAAUUAUUCAAAAGGUUAUGAGCUUCUGCAGCAAUUGUUGGAAGGUGGGCAUGUCCCUAGUAAUAUUGUGUUUAACAGAUUGAUUUAUGAGUCUUGCAAGAACAAUGAGUUCUUUAGAAUGACAGCUCUUCUCUUUGCCAUGAUUGCCAAAAAUUGUUCUCCAGAUAUAUACACUUAUCAAGAAGUUAUUCAUGGUGUGCGGGAUUGCAAGAACAGAGACAAGCUUGAAGUUUUUCGAAUUUUUGAAUAUAUAAAGGACAAGGGAUAUGCUCCAGAUAGGGUUAUGUAUUCUACGGUAGUUCACAGUCUUGCCAAGAGCAAUAUGUUGGGCAAAGCUCAAAAGUUAUGGUCCGAGAUGAUAAAGAAGAGAUUUGUUCCAGACGAGUAUGCUUAUAAUGCGCUGAUACACGGGUAUUUUAAAACAGGUAAUCUGAAGGAGGCAGAAAGGCUGCAUAAGGAAAUGCUUGAAAAAGGAUUUGUUGAUUCCACAGUAACCUUCAACAUCUUGAUUGGCGGGUAUUGUGCAAAUGGAAUGUUUAAGAGAGCAUACAGAUUGUUUGAACAUAUGGGAAGAAAAGGUGUUGUUCGUGAUGCUAUUACUUACAAUUCCCUAAUUCAGGGCUUUUGUGAGGGUGGAAAUGCUUCUUAUGGUCUAAAAAUAUUUUAUGAUCUUCUAGGGCAUGGAUUGCAGGCAUCAACUACCUUGUACAAGGCAUUAAUUGAGAGGCUUUGUGAGGAAGGGCGUGUUGAGGAAGCAAAAUGUUUUUUGAAGGAUAUGGUGGAUCAAGGUCUGGAACCUGCAAUAUGUAAUCACAAUUCUAUCAUAGUUGGCUUGACAAAACAAGGAAAAUUUUCCAAGGGGAUAGAAUGGCUGGGCACCAUGAUAAAGAGUAGGCUCAGACCACAAGGAAGGACUUUAGAGAGACUAAUUUAUUCCCUGUCUAGAGCAGAUAAGUGGGAUGAUGCUUUACUCAUUUUAACUUACAUGCAUAAAUUGGGGUUGCAGCCAUCGGGUACCUUGUACAGUGUUUUAGUUAAGAAACUUUUUGAGGAAGGGCGUGUUGAGGAAGCAAAGCUGUUUUUAAAGGAUAUGGUGGCUUGACAAAGCAAGGAAAUUUUUCCAAGGGGAGGGGUUGGCUACCACGAAAAAGGGUAGGCUCAAACCACAGGGUAGGACUUUGAGAGACUUAGCGAUUCGUUCAUCAUCAUCUGUUUCAAAAUGGGCGCAGCCAAACCAAAAUCGAUUUUCCGCCACUCAAAAACCCUACCCCUAUCUACUAAGGAAAAGCCAAAAAACCUAUUCACAUCUGUCUACCCAAUCUUCAUUUUAGCUACAUUUCCGGACAAUACAUUCUGCCCACUCCCUUUUCAACACUUGCCAUCGAUAGCCAUCCAAUAUCCUGCAUUUCCCAGCAUUUUGUUCUUUUUUGUUCCGUUUCUUGGUGUGUUACUUGGGUUAUCUGGAGAAUACUGAGCUAUUUGAGUUCUGAUGAAAUGGCAGUUUCAUCAUGGCUACCAUCUUUCAAUGACGGCAAUUUGAGGAUCCCAACACAGUUCUUUUUGUUCUGAUAUCUUGUGUUAUGGAAUAAUUUGUAACUCUUAGAAAUAACAUAGUAAAGAUGAAAGUUGUGGA